GUGAAACAAAAAUGGUUGCUGAUUGCUUUUAUAAAAGUGAAUAAAAAUUCAAUAAAAGUGUUUUCAAAGAAUAAAUUUUAUCAAAAAAUUUAUUUAAAAAAAGACUAAAUUCAAAUAUAUAUAAGAGAAUAUUAAAUAAAUCUGACAGAUAUGGAUUCGUAUAGCAGUAAAAGGUUUCGUGAUUAUCAUAGCCGUUCAAAGUCACCAGAUGACGCAGAUUCAAGAUACGAUGGCUAUGGGGAUGAUUAUCGACGCGAUUCGCGAUCUCCUCAACGUUGGAAGCAUGACAAAUAUGAAGAGUAUGAAAAUUAUGACUCGGAAAUAAAAUUUCGUAGUCGAAGUAGAAGUUCAGAACGUAUGAGAGACUACGAUUAUCGUUUAAGUAAAAGUGAUAGCUAUGAUUCAUUGCGACAAAGAAGCUAUGAUCAUGGUGAUAUGCAUGGUAGUAGAUAUUAUAGUGAUAAGGAUAAAAGUCAUCGUAAUCGUGAUCGAGAUUCAUCAUAUGAUCGAGAAAGAAGACGAGAUCGUGAUCGUAAUAAAAGUCGUAGCCGAAGUCGUGAUCGUAAAAGUCGUAGCCGUAGUCGAGAUCGUAAUCGUAGCAGAAGUCGCAGUCGUGAUCGUGAUAGAUCAAGGCGACAUAGUCGCGAUAGAGAUCGUAAACGUGAAGAGGAUAGAGAUCGUGAACGUAGAACAUAUAUGGAUGAUGAAGAUACUAUAAACAGCUUAGAAAGAUCAAUUAUAACGGACUAUAGAACUCAGGCUCCGAAUAAAACUGUCAUGAUUUGUGGACUAGUGCAACAUAUCACCGAAAAUGACAUACGGCAAGAUUUACUACAGUGUGGAUUUAAACCGCUAGAAAUUCGUCACGUGAGAAAUCGUCGUACAGGUGCUUCAAGAGGUUUUGCGUUUGUCGAGUUUCCAACACUUGAAGAGUCAAUUCAGUGGAUGGAAAUGAAACAGGGUGUCCUGAUGCUGCAAAACAAGUACAGGGCUGUUCUAGUAUACAGUAUACCAAAGAAAAGUUCUUCAUCGUUGCCAGAUAAAUCAUCCAAAAUUAAAGCAGAUUGGCAUUGUGUUAAGUGUGGGACCAACAAUUUCAGAAGACGAAGUACAUGUUAUCGAUGUUCAGCGUCUCGUAUCGAAAGUGAAGAUGGUGGAUGUGGAAUUGACGAAGUUUCACAAUACGCUACGAAAACUAUUAUGCUUAGAAAUUUAGAUGCGUUAACAACGGAAGAUUCAGUAAUGACAGUUUUAAAACAAGUGGCAGGUCAUAUGGUUAAAUUUGUAAAUGGUGUACAAAUUGGAAGGGACCCUUUAACACAAACUUCUCGGGGUAUUUGUUAUCUAGAUAUGGAGACAACCAUUGAAGCUUUAAGUUUAUUUGGAACAUUAACAGCAUUAGCUCCACCACUUACCAUUGAUGGAAAACUAGUUUCGAUAUCGUAUUGUAAAUAUAGAAUGGGUGACGUCAAUCAAAUUUUCCCACAAGUUGCAUUUUCAAAUACUACAACAGCACAAACGUAUACAAUGAACGAUUUAAAUGCGCUGGCCGAUUAUAGUGCGAGUCGUUACGCUAAAACACCAGAACAAUAUCAACAUUACUACGAGUAUUAUAAGAAUUAUUUUUCACAACAAAUUUCUCAAGGAGCUACAAUUUCAUUGGCGCAAGAUAAUCAAGCGAAUUCUGUGAAUGCUGCAGCGGCCGUUGCACAUGCAGCUAUGCAACAACGUCAACGGAAAUUGAAUGCGGAUAAAAGUGGUGCAUUUACGAUUCCUACUGGAACAGAUGGCAGAAAAUAUCCACUUCCCGAUGUUAAUUCCUUUAUGUACGACGAAACAACUGGUUAUUACUACGAUGCAUCAACUGGCCUGUAUUACGACGCAAAUUCCCAAUAUUAUUACAAUAGUACAAUACAGAAAUACCUCUAUUGGGAUGGUACCCAAAUGACAUACUUAUUAGCACCAAGUCAGACAACCACAGCUGUUACGACUACAGCUCAAGCAACUACGUCAACAGUGACCGCGGCUUCAUCCACUGUUACAUCGAUUGCAGCGAAUCCAACAACAAGCGAAGAACAAAAAGACAAGGAUAAAAAGAAACAGAAACAGGAUAAACCGGAUAAAGUAAAAGUUGCGAAAAAAAUAGCAAAAGAUAUGGAACGAUGGGCAAAAACAAUGAGCAAAACGAAAGAAACAAAUCGUGGCUUAAUGUCGAAUGACGGUUAUGGUCAUAAUUCAACGACAGCAGCCGCUGCUGGCUCAGCUGAUAUUGGAUUUGCUGUAUUAGAGAAAAAAGUCGCUGUUACAUCAAACUCGAAUUUAAUUGCGAAAAAUGAAGCGAAAUCACCAGGAAGCACUUCGCAAAAUAGUGCUCUUGUCGCAGCGUACGGCGGUGGUAGUGACACAUCUGGCGAUGAAGAAAAUAAUGGAACGGGUGGAUUAAUUGAAGGUUUAGAUUGGGAAAAUCUUAUAUGUUUGUUAUGUAAACGAAAAUUUAAUUCCAAAGAAGGGCUAGCAAAACAUCAAAAAGUAUCCGAUCUUCAUCGUACAAAUCUCGAACAGUAUUGUCUACAGCAUGGAAUCGAUAGGGAACAAGGGCAAACGAUGAAAUAUCGAGAUCGAGCCAAAGAAAGGCGAGAGAAAUUUGGUGAAUCAGAUGCACCACCUCCUAGUAAAUUAAAAGAAAAAUAUUUAAAAGCAAGAGAAGCUUCUGAACCAAUUCUUCCAGUACAACCUCAAACGCCAAUCGGCUCAGAUAAUGUUGGUAAUAAGUUAUUACAGAAAAUGGGUUGGAGUGAAGGACAAGGAUUAGGGAAGAGUAAUCAAGGACGAACUACAAUUAUACAGGCAGAACGUAUGGUAAGCAACGUAGGUUUAGGAGCGAAAGCAAAUUCAUAUACAGCAUUACCCGGUGAAUCGUACAAAGAUGUUGUAAAGAAAAUGAUGUAUGCCAGAUAUCAAGAGAUAAAUGAUAAAUAAAAUAAUUAUUUAAGAUCUUAUUUUGUAUAAAUUG